UACAAACAAACACAAGUUGUAAGCAAGACCUGUUGAUUUGAUUGGUCACAGAAGAAACUGACCUUGUUGCGCUCACUCCCUCUUAGUACAGCGAGAAGAGAAGCAGAGAGGCGGAAACUAACUUAACGGCCAGACCUAUGAGGAGUCACACCUUAACUAUCACGGGAAUCCAACUUGUUCCAGAUUCCCAGCCGUGCUCUCUUUUGGUUUUUUUGUCAUUACAACACCAAUCUAAAAGUAAGUGUAACUUGUCUUAUCCAGGAAAACCCAGAAUUCAAUUCUGGCCUUGUGAAACAGACGUGUGUUGAGCCUAUGUAAAUCUACUCAGACCACAGACUUGUGUGUUGGGCAAAGGAUAUAAAAUGUCUGUCUUCAGGACAGAGGUCAGAGAAAUAAUGAUGCAGCCUGUAUGUGUGUUUCUCUCCAUGCUGCAUGUAUGCUCAUAAUAACCAUUUGUAUUCUUCUGAAGCUUAAGUAAAGAUUAUUUUCUUUGAUUUGGAACCAGAGUUAUAUAUUUUUUCUUCUACAGUGUCCAUCUGAUAAAACCAUACACACAAGUCAGGACUGUGAAAGUAAAAUAGUAUGAAUCAUUAGGUUUAUCAUGUAUUCAUUCAUUGUAGUAACCAUUAUGUCUUCAUGUGCCUUUGUCUGUCUCUGGUCAUGCUCUUGGACUGUGUAAGUUGGGCCCCCUGUAAGGAGGCAUCUUUUGAGUGAAAUCAGAUGUUCUUGUACAUGAGCUUGGACCACGUCAGUGCAUGGACAUUGCAUGAUGAAAGCAUGUUAUACACUUGGCUUUUCCUAAUUGGAUGAAAGUGUUAUCUUUGCGCUGAGAGCCAGUCACAGUCAGGGUUCUUUGUCUUUGUCUGAAGAUUGGCCAGGAAAGAAAAGUUUUCUUCAUCACUCACUGUAAGCUCCAACUUCAGCUGUAUGCAGGUGGUGAUUCUACAACUGCAGCAUGCAGCCGGUUGAGGCACAGAAAGGAGUUUCUUCCAAAAGCCAACUGUUCAAUUCUCUGGAGGUGUAUCUGAACAACAAGAACAGACUGCAACCCAUUAUUGGCCUGGGCAGCAUUAUAGAAUGUAUGAAGGCGGGUACACACAACACAGAAGCACUGUACCUGUGUGAGGUGUGUGUGUGUCAACUUAGUAAAGCUGACAUGCGGAACCACAUUAUGGGAAGUCUCCACAGAUACAACUACAUUAAAGCCUGGCACCCCCACUUAGUGUCAGAAUGGAAGGAGAAGUCUGACCUGUCUAAGCUGGCCUGGCCACUGAUGGAGAUGGCCAAGAUACUUGAGGGAAAAGAGGGACCUGGAGAUGUCCGGUUGUUAGAGGUUGAAGACGCUGUAUACCAGAAGAUGGCAACACACAAUGAGAAUAACGUAACUUUGAUAAAUAUCUUAAAAGAUGGGCAGUGGCAGGGUGAACCUGAGAGCCAUUCAGAGACUACAUCUGUGCAGCUGGAACACAAUCCCAUCCAAUCGCAGAGGAUUGUAUUGCCUCCCCAGAACCAAUGGCGACAGUCCAAGAAAUCCCUCAAGACCUCAACAGAGACUAACAAGCCUCCAUCUCUGAUACAGUCAACUGUGGCUUCUGUCAAGUCAGAAGGCUGGUUAAACAACACAUCUGCAUCACUGUGGGACAAUACUCAGACGUCAACUGAAGUCUCUGUGCUAUCAGAGAACAGCAACAGCUUUCUGGAUGGCUACACAGGAACUGAGCCUCUGAUUGGUCUUUUCCGUGUGCUUGAGUGUAGAAGUGAAGAUGGCCACACACACUGUUUCUUAUGUCACUGCUGCCGCAUCAGAUCCAACAAAAAGGACAUAAUUGAUCACCUAACCAGCUCUUCCCAUCUCGUGAACUACUUGAUGGAAACUCAUCCUGAGCAGGUGGCGGUAAUGAUGGCAGAUAUUAAUGACAACGAUCAGCUUCUCCAAUCACUGGCCAAGAAAGUGGAGCAAGAGGAGGGCAGAGGAGAGCUGAAGGUGGUAUACGCACCAGAAUCCCUCUGUAUCCUACUGACUGGCAAAAGUUACCACUGGUGUAUAAAGAUGCUGUGUAAUGGAUGGACACAUACUAAAGAAAAGAGGAAAAUAGCUGUCAAAGGGCCACGUGUGAACAAGACUUCAAAUCAAGGCAUGUGCUGUAGGGCUGCACAAUCAAAGGAAUGUGCUGUAGGGCUGUCAAAAUGGGCAAAAAGGAUGACAACAAAGAGGAAGACGAGGAAAGUGAGUAAUACUGUGUUCAAGGUAAGCCUGCCUCUUACCAAAGGUUCAGUGCUGCUAGAGAGGACGUCUUUCAGCGUGGACAGCCUCCCUGUGUCAUCCACAUACUCACCUUCAUUCGACUUAGACCUCAUUCCUUCACCAGAGUCUCAAUCAGAGGACUGUGACACUGGAUCAUUUGCAAUUAACCAGGCUGACAACACCUCAAUGUGUACAACCUCACUUCAGCAAGACCUCUAUAGUGGAGAUGCAGAUGUUGGUCAAUACAUAGGACCAGAAAGAAACUUCACAGUCACUCAGCAUCAAGAGGUGAACGGUUAUUUCGGUGACAAUGAGUACUUCAGCCAGUCUGAAGACAUAACUGGGACAGAGGAACAAAGGUUUUAUGGGGAAAAGAGUUACAACAGACAGCAGGGUUCUCAAGAAAGAUCAAGUGAGACGUUUUACAAAGAGUGGCAAAAUGCUGGCCCACAGACGCAAGAUGCUGUGUCAUCUUAUAACUCUUGCUACGGACACGAGGAGGGUUGCACUGAGCAAUGGUACAAUUCAACUUCACAGAGUAAAGUUGGCACAAGAGUUGAAGUGUCAGGGGAAGAGAGACAGAAGGAGAUGAGUUCAGAUGCUACUCAACAUUAUUACCAACAACAGCCCCAAUAUCAGUACAUGGCACGAGAUCAUACAAGUCCUCUGACAGGUGAUGUGUGGCAGCAUGGUUUGUUUGGUGAAUUGGCUCCUCAUUUAGAUGCUGCUAGGAUCAACAUGCAACAUCACUUAGGAGAUUCCCUUGCUCACAGUGGCAGCAUUGCUCCAGAGCCUACAGAACAGUUUCUUGAGAUUAAACAAAGACGAUUACAAACACACAUGGAGUUCACCAUUGGCCAUGUCCAGACAGCUCCACAAAGUUAUAUGACACAACCCGCGGCCUAUCAAGCCAUCCAAGUAGGCCAUGGGGUGAUGUCUAACCCCAGCUACAAUAUUGGGCCUAGGACAAACCCCGACCAGCACUUUCCUGACAUAUCCAGGUGGUGGUAUGUCCCGGGCAAAGGCCUUCAUCCCACCUGGGUAAGCGCUGUGUUAUAGAGCCCACUCUGAUCUUAAUUUCAGAGCUGCUGGUUUGUGAGAUUUUUUUUAUUUCAGGAAGUGUAGAUGGAACAACUCCAUUUAUGUUUGCAUAUCCCAAUUUUAAUUCUGCAUAAAUUGCCACCUCUCGCCAAGACCACAUUUCUACUCAAGGGACUGGUGUCCUUGUUGAAUGAAAUUGCUGUUAGACGGUCCAGCAUGGGUUCUAAUCGUGCUGUGGCAUUUUUUAUGUUUAUAAAAAUAAUAUAUUUAUAAUGAUAACCUAUGUUUUUAUUAUCCGAGGGUGAGAAACAUGCUCCGUAAUAUUAAGCAUCAAACUCUGUAUAGAAGCUGGCACUUUUUCAGUGUUUUAUAGUUUGAAUUGGUUCAGAGAAACAACAGAGAAAUUCUAAAAGUUUCAAACUGAGGCUGUGGGUUGUAGUUGUCAUUAAAGCUACAAUCCCUUCAGUGUCAGAGGUCAGAAUAUCCCAGUUGAAAUUUCUGACUUCCAACAUCCAAGCCGUCAGGUGCACGACGUCAAACGUAAACAAAAAACAUGGCUGACCGUGACAAACUGAUGUUUCUUUGGCAAGUGUACACACAAUUGAACUCUCAGCAGUGCAGCCUCCUUGCAUAUCUAAAUGAAACAGAGGAGGACAAAACGACACAUGAACAGACGUCAUUAUACCUAUUAUUUUACUUUUAUGCUCUGAAGUCUAUCUAAAUGUUCAAUUCACUAGCCUAAUACAAUACUGUAGUCUACAAAUACAUCCUACCCCCCUCCCCUAUUGAUUGAAACGUAGCCUAAUGUGCGCUUACAUGGUGCUGCCAUUGUUGUGUGACGUCAGAAAUCUGCUUCUUCAUGAAGUCUGGGUUGAUGGAUUUGUCCCAAGUUCACAAGUAGGAACUUGGGACGAGUUGUCUGGAACGCAGCAUCAAUAUGUUGAACUACUAACACCUACAUUUUAUAUUUCUUUUGGACCAUUAUGUUAGGUACAAGCUGUGCCUGAAUAACUCCAAAGAAGAAUUUACUUUAAAAUUCAGUGAAUGCGUGAGGGCUCACUUUAGGUUUGUGCUUGAAUUUAGGUUUGGGUGGAUUUUCUCAGCUUUUAUAAAUAAAUGUUAAUGUCAUGAAACAAGGUCAAAUGUGCAGAUUCACACAUUUUUAUUGAAUAAAGCACUGCUGAGGUUACUUGGUGAUGUUGUGCACCACUGAAGAUGGUUUAUUUAUGUUGACUAUGGUGUAUAAUAGAAUGACACUGGUAUUAGGUUGCUACAAACAAGAGUUUGGAAAUGAUGUGAUAAAGUGAUAAGUCUAUGACUGUUUGAUAAUGUAAGGGUAGGUAGUAUAUUAAUGUAUGAUGUAUGUUAAAGAUAGCAGCCAGUGUAACAAUGCAAAUCCCCAAUGGUGCAUAAUAAAUGAGUUUUGUAAACGUCUUA